AUGCAUGUCUCGCGGCAGCCUUCUGGCGGUGUCAAAACUCCUGCCUCACCUCACCCGGAGGCCCAUAUGCUAGGCAUGGAGCAAGAUACCGACAUGGAAACUGUGGAAGUAGCCACCCGAGCUGAUUCUCAGCGGAAAGAAAGCCUUAAGGCUCGACCGCUGUUCAGACACUGCGGCCCCACGAUGCUUGUAGGCGUGGUCAUCUCCCUAGGAGCGUUUGUCGUUGCGAUGUGGCUUUUCACCAACCCCAUCAGCAUUGUUUCCUCUAGAAGCGCCUCUCCAAGCGCAGUUGUGGGAGGGGAUGUCGAGAUGGGCGGAGUCAUGAUCUUCAAUGUGACCGCUUGGUUCAUGUUCCUCCCUUGGAGAGGAAAUGUGGACUUCCUGGGCCGAGCCAUAGCAAAGAUGCACGACGAUCUGUCCAUCGAGACGAACUUGAUUAUGACUGACUAUCUAUACACUGCCAAUCCGCAUUUCGCGUUGGAGCACAAUGCAACGCUUUACACCUGGUGGAUGCUACGUCGCCCGAACGCUGCGUCUGCAAAUGAAACCCGCUACAGGCUGAUGUCCAUCGGCCUUCGGCGUCUGAGCUGGCAGAUCAAAGAAAACAUGCAUGCCAUGAACGGGCUUUGGGCCAAUCAGAACUUCAUAGGAGUGAUCUACCAGAACUGGUGCGAAGAAGGGAUGUGGCGUACUGACGAUUUCACUGAGAGCGCCCGGAUUAGAAGAAAUUGGGCUGCAGGCUGGUGGGUAAUGCACAGACCAACAUGUGAUCUGGGCUUGGGAUGGUAA